UCAUCCUCUAUUUCCAUAUCUCUGCUUCCUAGCCACGUAACAUAAGCUACUCCAUUCUACCACUUGCUCCCUUUCAUGAAGGACUGACAUCUGAAUCUGUGAGCUAAAUUUCUCAGAAUAAACAUCAAUGGGAAGCAACAAAAACUUUUAACUUGGAAACUAGAAUAAUCAGGUGUUAAAAAGACAGGAUGAAGACUUUGAUUCUACCAGGACUCAUUUUGGCCUUCGCCAUUUGCUUCCAGUUCAGUGACAGUCAGAAAUCAUGGAAGCAGACAAUAGAAAAGGCAUUCAACAGUCAACCCAUCCAAAAGUCAACUUCCAAGACAUCACGAAGCCAAUUUUCAUCUACACAGCUUGACAAACAACGUUCAUCCUUGUCUCAUGAUUCUGCCUCACUUACCAACAGAUUCUCCCGAAGGGCUUCUUCAUCACCCUUCAAUGCUCAGAAUGUAAAGACUUUAUUUUCUAAAGUUAGUUCAGAGAUUAAAAAAGGAGCUGACAAGUUAUCUUCAAACCUUAGGAAAUUAAUUAGAAAGAGAAGAUCUGACCGGUCCAGGCCAGUUAACAGACAGGUAAACCAACCUAUGAUUAGAUCAGCUACUCGAAUAUCUAAACCUAGAAUGAGAUCUUCAGAAACCUUGAAAAGGACCCAGUCUAAGCCAUGCAGAGAACAACCAUCUAAGUUACAAAAGAAAAGACAAAAGAUAAAGGAAAAUUUGGCUACUAAAAGAAAUCUCAAAAAAACUAAAUUAUCACCUAAGAGAAGGCAAACCUCAUCCUUAACACAACAGUCCCGUAAGUCCAGAAAGGAAAGGCAACAGCAAAGGAAACAGCAGAGAGCCGCUAAAAAGGCUGUAAAGAAAGAGCUUAGGAAGAUUAAUUCCAAAGUGUCACUUCUGAAAAGGCAAACCUCAUCUCUAAUAAACAGGUUAGGCAAAUCCAAGACCAAACACCCCAAACUCAAUGAGGAGAACACACUUAAAACCUUUGAAGAAGCAAAGAGACUACUUUCCUUAGCAGAGGAAAUAUUCAAUGCAUCUAUGAGGGGACAACCAAUACUUACUCAGAAAUUGUUGGCUUCACCUAACCCAACUAUUUCUAGUACCAGUGCGAGAGCCUCUUCCACUGAGAGAUCAACUUCAGCUCUGGUGAUUGGCACUACUACUUUAGUACCAUCAACCAUUAACUCAGCAAUAGAGGCUACAUCCACAAAUCCUUCAGAAGAAUCCACACACCCAGGUACUUCCCCUAGUCCUACAACUUCCAGGGACACAGUGGUUAGGUCCACAACUCAUUCAGCCUCUGCCUCUACCACUAUAUCUGGUUCUACCUCAGAGGGCUCAGAAACUGAAGUAAACACCGAAGAUAAGACCACCACCCCAGCCAUGGAUGCUUCUACCACUAAAGCUGUCUCUACAACUUCAACAAACAUAACUACCACACCUCCCAUUACCACUACAAACACCACCUCUGUGCUUACUGGAGACAAAACAAAAACAAGUUUCACUACUCUGGGCAUUGAGGCCACCACCCGUGGUAGCACACUGUCAUCAACCAGUAUGGCCAUACCUCUUGCUCCUGCCACUACAAAAAUACCCACAACUUCUGCCUUUGUUCCUGUUGGUUCUACCAGGAAUGCAUUACAAGGCACCACACCUGUAGCACGUUCUACUAGAAGUGUACCUAUCACUGUGACAACUGUAAAAAAUGUGACUAGCACAUUAGUGACUACAGCUGUCACUCAAACAGCAGUGAAAACAAACAAUGAAACUACAACCCAAGUGCAUGUGGGAACCACUAAAUCAACAAUUGGCACAACCGUGUAGCUUAUAUGAUAUCACUCAGUGCUGUUACAAACGGAUUCCACGAUCUCAAAGACAAACUCUGUGUCUACAGUUAUCACCACAGCUACUGGAUCCUUAACCACAAUACUUCCAAGAGCUAUUGUCCCAAUAUCUAGAACAGAUACAACCACCAGUGUGGCUAUAACUUACCCCAGAAACACAAAUGCUGCUGCCUAUACGACCCAUGUGGGUACCUCCACUUUCAUGUCUGUGGCUCCCUUCCUGACCCCUAAACAUGGAAAUUUGGGUAAAAAUUCCACCCAGGUUUCUGGAACUACAACAGCAGGAGGCCUCCCCAUCAACCAGAGAAAAAUAGAACUUCUGAAGAGAUAUCACAGCUCCACCACUGAUGACCCAACUUCUCCACCUGAUUUUACAACCUUAGAAAUAGGCACCACAACUAUAGCUAAUAUCACAUCUGUGGAACCACUGGCCACGACAUCUGGGGUUACUUCAUUAACAACCAUAAUCCCCAUAGCAGCCACCACAACCUCUACAUCUUCAGUUUCAGAUGUCACAAUUACUGCCAGAGCCAUGUGCCCAUCACCCCACCACAAUUGCAGUUACUCCAUUAAAAGAAUGAUUGUUCAGCUGAUGAAACCGUGGCUCCAAUGGAACAGACUUUAGUCACCAAAAACACAGCC